GAAGAUGGAUUAACAAACGUUGCUAUUUUAAAUCUACAAUUUGUAAUGAAUUUUCCAUUUAUCAGACUACAAGAAUAUUUUCUAUAAUUUUGUUUAUAAAUGUGACGAAUAUAUUAUAACCAUAAUGUAAUACAGUUAAAUAAAUAGAUAGAUAUAACAUAUUUAGCUUUAAAUCUGUAGUAGAAGUCUCUUGAAAGAUUGACUCCCUACCAGAAGCUUGUUUAUAAUUUUAAUGAUUGAGUGAGUUCUGUAUUAUUUGAAAUAUGUUUAGCAAAGAUUCAUCUUAUGGUGCCUCUUCUUUGUGAAGAAUGUUUUCCUGAUGAUUGAACCAGUUGAAAAAUAGAAUAUAAAUAUUUUAUAUGUGAUUUCUGAUGUCAAUAUUGUAAUAAGAAAUACUUCAAUCCAAAAUGAUUAUCUUUGCAAUGAUUGUUCGGACUGAUGAUGGUCUGCCUCUCUCAGCAUCAACAGAUGUCUGUGGUCAAAUGGAUAAAGACAUCAAAGAAGUCAGAAUGCAGAUAAAGUUGGUUUCUCGGCAUAUUUCUCGCUUAGAAGAUAGAUGCACAAUUAAUUUAAAUCCACAUUUAAUUCAUAUUAUUAGCUCAUUGGGUAUUAGUUUUAUGGCUUUAUGUGAAUCCACUUAUCCUCCAGUUCUAGCCUUCAGUUUUCUUGAUGAAUUAAUGAGAGAAUUCAUUACUACAUAUGAUACGAGCAGUUUGAAUUCCAUAAUAAGACCUUAUGCUUUCAUUGAAUUUGAUAGCUUCAUUCAUAAGACAAGAUUAAAAUACAAUAGUCCUCGCUCACUGACUACAAGAAUUGAUUUGUCUAAUCUAAGCACUGAAAUUAAAUUACGACCUCCCCAACAGCUUAAUCUGUUUAAUCUCUUGCCACAGAAUAAAAUUAGUCCAAUUGUUUCAUUUCCAGAUAAUCCUUUGUACCUUUCUUCAUUGCCAUGGUAUAUUAUUCUAACAGUAGCAUUUACUUUACCUUGCACAUUAAUUUCUUUUUACCGUGGAAUUACUGGCUUAUCAGAAUCUAGCAUUGAGGAAGUAGAUGGCAUUAAUCCAUCACAUAGUAUGUCAUUUCUUAUAGAAGCAUUUGCAGGAUGUUUACAGAUUUAUCUCACAAUGUACAAGAUGCAAAGAAAGAAACUGGUCUCUCUGAUAAUACUUGUUGUUGUAAUUAUUUGCAACAUUUAUCUUUGGGAGAUAAAAGAUCUUUGGCAAAGUCUGAUGUCAAUUAUUGUUUCAAGCAUAAACACUAUAUAUAUAUUAAAGCAACAAUCACAAGUGAAGAAACCAAAUUAUAAUGUGUAAAAUAAAAAACCAUGCAACUAAUUAAAAUAGUAACAAGAUAUUUCGGUGCUGGCUUAAUAUGAAUCCAUAUAAAAUAUUUAUAGAUUUUAAACUGAAAGUAUUUUUAUACUGUAUUCUAAAUUUGUAGAAUUUGUAUUAAACUGAUAAAAAGUAAACAUUUUCAAAUGAUUGAAUUUUUAGAUAUGCAUUUGUUAGAUAUAAAUAAAUGUUAAUAAAUUGUUAAAUGGACAAAUUAAAGAAUUUGGGCCAAAAUUUUUAUUAAUAUCUAUUUGUUCAAGGUGUGUUUAUGAUAUUCAUUGUGCUUCAUUACAGUUAUUAAUAACGAUUAUCCAUUGAAACAGUUUUUAUUAAAGAAUUUAAAAUUUUACUGUUAUAAAUAUUAAAUAAAAGUGAUUUGUUUUUAGUAUAAAAAAGAUGUAAUGGCUGAAUUGUAGAGUUUUUUUGAACUUUUAAUUUAUUUCACAUUGCAAGCAUUAAGAGGGCCAUGUUUUCAUGUUAUAAAAUCCAUUAGGCUUACAAUUGGGUAGUGAGAGAUAAAAUCUUGAUAUUACUGAAGUCAACCAAUCCACAAAAAUUUGAGCCAACUCAAACUUGAAUCAAGUCUAACAGAAUGGUAGGCUACUCCAUUAAUUGCCAGAUGGAUGAUGUGUGCUUUUGGUGAUAAGGGCAUGUAUUGAUAACUGUUCUGGGAGACACUUAUUUUAAAUCUGGAUCAAAAUUUUCCAAGAGUGCCAGAUAUGCCAGAUCUACUUUCCCAAUUUGGACUAGCCAAACCAACAAUGAGCAUGAAUAAACCCUCUAAUGUCCCCAAAAUGUGAAGAGUUUGAAAAACAAAAAAUAUAUAAAAUUUAUUUAAAAAUAGUUAUAAAAUAUUUAAUUUUGAUCUGAUUUAAAUGUAUGAGGAUUUAAUUUUG